AUGGAUUUAGACUUAUCUUUGAGGGAGGAGUGCCUCACUGCUAAUGCCGAGAACCAAAAUGAAACUAAAAUAGAAAAAUGGGACCGAUGUAACAGUAUGUGCCUUAUAAUGAUCAAAAGAUCCAUACCUGAAAUGAUUAGAGGCUCGAUUGUUGAGAGUGAAAGCGCCAAGAAGUUCCUCGAAACUGUGGAGCAAUUAUUUGCUAAAAAUGAUAAGGCUGAGACAAGUAGUACCUUGUCCAAACUCAUUUUAAUGGUUUAUAAAGGCAAAGGGAACAUAAGGGAUUACAUUAUGGAGAUGUCUAAUCUCGCAUCAAAACUCAAGGCAUUGAAGUUAGAACUUCGAGGAUUUGAUUGUGCACCUGAUUUUGAUCUCUCUCCCGACACACUUUAG